UCGGCCGACAGCCCCCCGUACGGCAGCGCGGGCGGCGCGGCCGGCGGUGGGGCCGCAGGGCCCGGCAGCGCCGGCUCGGCAGCAGCGCACGUCUCUGCGCGCUUCCCCUACUCGCCCAGCCCGCCCGUGACCAACGGCGCGGCGCGGGACCCCGGGGGCUACGCGGCGGCGGGUGGCGGUGGCGCUGGCGGCGUGGGCGGCGGCGGCGGCGGCAGCCUGGCGGCCAUGGGCGGCCGCGAGCACCAGUACAGCUCGCUGUCGGCCGCGCGGCCGCUGAACGGGACCUACCACCAUCACCAUCACCACCACCCGAACCCCUACUCGCCCUACGUGGGUGCGCCGCUGACUCCCGCCUGGCCCGCAGGACCCUUCGAGACCCCAGUCCUGCACAGCCUGCAGAGCCGUGCCGGAGCCCCGCUCCCGGUCCCGCGGGGCCCCAGUGCAGACCUGCUGGAGGACCUGCCUGAAAGCCGUGAGUGCGUGAACUGCGGCUCCAUCCAGACGCCGCUGUGGCGGCGGGACGGUACCGGCCACUACCUGUGCAACGCCUGCGGCCUCUACAGCAAGAUGAACGGCCUCAGUCGGCCCCUCAUCAAGCCGCAGAAGCGCGUGCCUUCCUCCCGGCGGCUUGGAUUGUCCUGUGCCAACUGCCACACCACAACCACCACUUUGUGGCGCAGAAAUGCUGAAGGCGAACCUGUGUGCAAUGCUUGUGGACUCUACAUGAAGCUCCAUGGGGUGCCUCGACCGCUUGCUAUGAAAAAAGAGGGAAUUCAAACCAGGAAAAGAAAACCUAAGAACAUAAAUAAGUCAAAAGCUUGCUCUGGUAGUAGCAAUAAUUCUGUUCCUAUGACUCCAACUUCCACCUCUUCUAACUCAGAUGACUGCAGCAAAAACACUUCCCCUACAACACAACCGACAUCCUCAGGGGCGGGCACCUCAGUGAUGUCUGGCACGGGAGAGAGCACUAAUCCUGAGAACAGCGAGCUCAAGUACUCAGGUCAAGAUGGGUUGUACAUAGGCGUCAGCCUGGCCUCUCCGGCCGAAGUCACAUCCUCGGUGAGACAGGAUUCCUGGUGCGCCCUCGCCCUGGCCUGA